UCAAUGCAAACGAAAAAUCAUUAUCACUUGCGUAUUAUCGAUACAGAUAACAGAGCGGAGUGUGGCUAUUACUAAUCGGCGAUCAUUUAGGGUUUUUUUUCCACCCGAUCCGAACUUAUUCAAAAAAUGCCGCAGCAAUAUAAGCCGCUGCAUAACGAGGAAGAUGUGGAAAAUGGGGCUGCCGAUGCCACCCCAACAGGAGACAACAGACAGCAACAACAACAACAAGAGGCUGCUAAUCCCCCGGCCGUGCAGUUGCUAAUGGUGUCUCUGUUUUUGCUACUCUUCUUUGGCUCCUCGUUCUUCCAGCCACGGCCGCGACUGCAGCACUUGAGUGGCGGCGGCAGUAAGUAUGAUCAGUCCAAGUACGACUGCAAAAUCCAACUGGUGGAGUCCAUACCCAUUGGGCUCAACUACUCCGAUGGCAGUCCACGCUUCUUGAGCACCUUUGAGGCAUGGCAGCAGCUGCUAGACAGCGCCAAGGAGUCCCUGGACAUUGCUUCCUUUUAUUGGACUCUUCGAGCCCAGGACACCCCCGGCGUGAACGACACCAGCACUCAGCAAGGCGAGGAGAUCUUCAAGCGCUUCCUGAAUAAUAGAAACGGUGGCAGUAACACGCCCAGGCUCAACAUACGCAUAGCACAGAGUGAACCCUCCAGUGUGUCGCCGAAUGAAGACACCAAGCUGCUGGCCAGCAAUGGAGCGGCCGAAGUGGUGUCAGUGUCAUUUCCCAAGUACUUUGGGGGCGGCGUCUUGCACACGAAACUUUGGAUUGUAGAUGAACAGCAUUUCUACUUGGGCAGCGCCAACAUGGACUGGCGGGCUCUGACGCAGGUGAAGGAGAUGGGAAUACUGGCCCAGAACUGUCCACAGCUCACCAAAGACGUGGCCAAGAUAUUCAAGGAAUAUUGGUAUUUGGGAAAGAGUACGGAUGCGAAAAUACCAAACUGGAACUGGGAUUAUUCGACGAACUACAACCUCCGUUCGCCCAUGAUCCUAAAUGUGAACAGCAACACAACGAUGGAGGGAUUUUUGUCCAGUUCCCCACCCCCACUUUCCGCCAACGGUCGCACCAACGAUCUGGAGGCCAUACUAAGCACCAUUGAUUCGGCCAUUACGUAUGUGAACAUUGCUGUGAUGGACUACUAUCCUCUGAUCAUUUAUGGCCAGCAUCCCAAGUAUUGGCCGUACAUCGAUGAUGCCCUGCGCCGGGCAGCCGUGGAGCGGGGUGUGGCCGUAAAGCUGCUCAUCUCCUGGUGGAAGCAUUCCAAUCCCAGUGAGAAUAAAUACCUCAAAUCGCUGCUGGAUCUCAACUCCAAAAGGGACAAAAUCGAUAUUCAAAUUCGACGUUUCAUUGUGCCCACGGAUGCGAGUCAAGAGAAGAUACCCUUUGGUCGGGUGAAUCACAACAAAUACAUGGUCACCGAUCGAGUGGCCUACAUAGGCACCUCCAAUUGGUCUGGGGACUACUUCACCGACACUGCCGGCAUUGGCCUGGUGCUCAGGGAAACCCACGAAACGGAGCAAACCAAGACGCUGCGCAGCGACCUAAGGAAUGUGUUUGAGAGAGAUUGGAAUAGUCCCUAUGCCCAUGACUUGGAAUAGAUUGUUAAACCCCUACGAACCUUCUAAAAGUUGUUCAGUUUUAUUCAAUUGCUUUUAUUAUUCACUUUUUUGAUUAUAUUUUUGUAUGAAAAAUAAAA